AUGUUCCUUUUCCUUUAUAUCGUCGGCUUUCUUCAUUUCUGUCGCCGUCUUUCUUCCUUUACUCGCCAUGUUUUUAUUUAUUUUUUUUCGGCAUCAUUCUUCCUUUCUAUCGUCUUCUUUCUUACUUUCUCUCGACAUCAUACUUUCUUUCUAUUGUCUUUUUUCUUACUUUCGCUCGACAUCAUUCUUCCUUUCUAUCGUCUUCUUUCUUACUCGACAUCAUUCUUCCUUUCUAUCGUCUUCCUUCUUACUUUCUCUCGACAUUAUUCUUCCUUUCUAUCGUCUUCUUUCUUAAUUUCUCUCGACAUCAUUCUUCCUUUCUAUCGUCUUCCUUCUUACUUUCUAUCGUCUUCCUUCUUAAUUUCUCUCGACAUCAUUCUUCCUUUCUAUCGUCUUCCUUCUUACUUUCUAUCGUCUUCCUUCUUAAUUUCUCUCGACAUCAUUCUUCCUUUCUAUUGUCUUCCUUCUUACUUUCUCUCGACAUUAUUCUUCCUUUCUAUCGUCUUCUUUCUUAUUUCUAUCGUCUUCUUUCUUACUUUCUCUCGACAUCAUUCUUCCUUUCUAUCGUCUUCCUUCUUACUUUCUAUCGUCUUCCUUCUUACUUUCUCUCGACAUCAUUCUUCCUUUCUAUCGUUUUCUUUCUUACUUUCUCUCGACAUCAUUCAUCCUUUUUAUCGUCUUCUUUCUUAA